AUGAACAACACGGAUGAGCUCGUCAGGCCCUUCCAAUGCCCCGUAAGCUAUCACCAUCUACACCUCCACCCCUUCAUUCGUCCAGUCCGUCACCUCCCUUCCCUUCCCCCGCGCGGCGGCGGCGUUUGUUUUUCAACCAGCCCAAUGUGGCGCUCAGCCUCGGGCGGGCGGUUUUUUUUUCUGCCUUCGUUUUUUGAAACCCCCGCUGAUUGAGUCCUUACGUUUUUACUAUUCCUCAAUUCGCGCGAUGUGGUGGUGGGGGUUAAUCGACCAUUUGUGCGCAUGGUGCAUGUGAUGGGGAUGCGGAUCCGUGUGGGGCGAUGGGGGCGAUGUAUUAGGAAUGUGGGAGUCGAUACACGCGACAAGUGAGUUGAGAGGAAGCGUUCUACUGGGGUUGCGGACGUUGGUGUGCCCGAGUCGAUGCAGGACGUGGGCCAAGUUCGAGUUUUGUUGGCGGUCGUUGCGACGGCGGAAUGCGAGGCGAGGGCGAGGGCGUGGCGUGUGGUGCCCGCCGAAAGGUGGGGCGGCGUUGCCAGGACGGCGCGGCGGGUGGGGCGGGCGAGCGAGCGAACGAGGAGGCCGACCUGAUGACGCCAAUCCGCAGCGUCGAGGCAUCGAGCGACUUGAGCUGACCUGUUGAGCUAUGUCCUCGUCUCCAGGAACAUCUGUCGAGGCAUCAACAGGCGAGGCAUUCGUGAGUCUGUUCACCGCGUCAUGCGGCACGGGGGAAGCUGGGAGGGGGGCGGGGGGAGGUGUCAGAUCCGCCGCCUCCCCACCCUGAGCCCCACCCUCUGCAGCACUACCACAUCGCUGACACUCGAUAUGCCAUGGCUGUGUUCUCUUCACUCUGUACAGCACGGUCAAAGACUUUGUCUGCACCGUUUGCAACAAGGGCUUCGCCAGGAGGUGCGUCACUCGUUUUUCGCCCGCUUCGACGAGCUGUGGCUUUCCAGAUCGCGGCCCGCCCCGCACAAGCUCCCCUUGGAAACACCUUGGAAACGCGCGCGCUCUCUCUCAGUGAUGAAGCGUUACUGCGAGCGCGAAGAGCUGUUCACUGCAUCUCAUACGCUUCGAAAUCAUCACGCCCCCGUUCGUGCUGGCUGACAUGCUCGCCCUCUCAAAUACAGGGACAUUCUGAGGCGGCAUGAGCUGGGACACGCCAAAGCGCCCGGAACCUCGGGGAGCAAAGCAUCCGAUUCAAGGGCGUCCUCGCCCAAGCCCACCAAAUCACGGGGAUCGACGCCUAACCCGACCGGUGGACCUUCUUCGGCGAAUAACGCUCCCAUCGGAAGCUCGUUGUCCUCGUCUGGGUCGAGGAACAAGCGCGAGUCCGUGCCUUCGGCCAAGAAGAGGGCCGCCGCGCAGUCCGAGUUGGAGGACGAGAUGGCCCCUUUCUCGUCCGGUGGGCAGUCGGAGACGCAGAACCCCCCGCAGAAAAAGUUUCAGAGGGUCAUGAGGGUCUGCGACGGGUGUACCCGGAUGAGGUUAGUGACGCGAGACGGUCGGAACGACUUUGUCUCCGAAGGUGGGCCUCAUCCGGCAUCUUGGUCUCCUUUACUCCCCUCCAUAGGACUCGUUGCGACGGAGGCGAUCCCUGCAUCAAAUGCCGAAGGGCCGAUACGCUUUGCACCUACGGUCGGGACAAGACUGGCUCGGAUCCACCCAGCCGCGCUUCGCCCGAGUCGGACCUGCUCUCGGAGGAAGACACGGGCUCCGAUCUCAGUAGCAACCAAUGCGACGACGACGACGACUACGACGACCAUCUCCCCGAGCUUGUCGGCUCGCCCCAGCAUGCGCGCAGCUCGUUGAGCGUCCUCACGGGAGCUGCUUCGGUCGGAUCACCACACCACGAUGGAAGCUGGUCUGCGUCCUCGACGAGCGCCCAGCCCGCGACGUCGCAACCGCCGACGCCUCACUCGUUCGCUUCUCCUUACUCGGUCCCGAUCCGACCUCCCUCGGCUCAUCAAUCCCACCAUGGUGCUCUUCCUCCUUCGUCGUUCCAGCAAGCUCCUUCUCCUCUUGGCUUUGGGGCGCCGCAUGCGACGGCGCACUACUACUCUCGACCCCCCGAUUCGUUCCUCCAUCGCCCUCAAGCGGGUCACUACUACGGGACCGCCACAACUCCGGUUGGAGUCGGAAGCGGACCCUCGUCUCCCUAUCUCUCGCAUUUCCCUUCGAACGUGUCUGGCGCGGGACAACAAUCUAAUCCCGCGUCUGCGCCUUCCUCGCCUGUUCCGUCGGCGUCGCCUUUCGAUACGGCUGCAUAUGGUCGGGCUUCGACGAGCAACGUCAACGGUGGCAGUGGGUUGCUCGGCGGCAGCGACCCUGCGGGCAACGCCGAUUUUUCGGACCUCAUCACCGGGCCCAGUGCCGAGACCGAGAUCAACUGGGACGUGCUCAACGCGUCCCCUUUGAUGGCGGAUGCCGCGGACUUGACCGGUCCCAACCACGAGGCGUAUUCCGACAUCCGCAGCAGUGGCGACGGCGCCAACGAAAUGUAUGGUGGGUCGACGAGAUCGAUCGGUUCGCCGGGGACGGUCGAGCUCGAGGCUCGAUUGUUGGGCCACAGCAUCCAACCUCAGCAUUCUAACAUGAGGGAGGCGCAAUCCGACAACCUCUUGCCACUCGUUGCUUUACCGUUCGAUGAAACCGAGGACCAUGAUGCGUCCAUCAACGGUGGUGAUACGGGGGCGACGCAGACGAACGAGUCGACGCCGGGUAGCGCUUCGAGUGGUGCCUUCCAUUCGGGCCUCAACUCGGCUGCGGCGGAGACGUUGUUGCAACUCGCUUCGCAUACGCCGAGACAAUCGCCCGAGCCGGAGUCAAGAUUCGGCCCUCUGGCUUCCACUUCGUCGAUGGUGGCGGGGACACUGUUGUCGAACCUCCGGGGGACACCACCCCUGCAAGCUCCCUCGGCUUUGGAGGAAGAGACGCGGUCAUCCCAUCUCGCGCACUCAUCGAGUGAUCCGUGGCCUCUGAGCUAUCGACCCGUGCAAGCGACCGAGGACUUACUGCCUGCCGCGGCACGAGGGACGGGUUAUUGCUCGCGUGCGGCCUCCCCUCGACCUGGUGCUGCGACCGUCUCGGGCCGUCCCGCACCGAAUUUGAUCGUUCCGCCUCUCACGGCGGCGACGCGUGCCCGAGUGAUCGCCAAGGUUCGGUCCAUCGGUUCGCAAGAACGCUUCGUCCCUCGCUUGGAACUACUCGACCUCUUUCUCCAACACUACUUCACCCACUUCCAAUCAACACUCCCGAUCCUCCAUCGCCCGACCUUUGAUCCUAAUACAUGCCCUUCGUUCCUCUUGCUCGCCGUCGCUUCGGUCGGGGCCCGCUACGCCCACGAGAGGUUGCUCGGCGCCGAUGUCUGGGCCCAGGCAUUGUUGGAGACCGCGAGGAGGAUGGUUCAGGUCGUUGGGGAUGCCGAUAAUCGCAUGUUGCAGACCGUGGCUUGGCAGCAGAGCUUGUUGAUCAUUCUCAUGUCGGGGUAUGUCAGUGGGAACAAGCGGGAUUUGGAGAGGACACAGGGUGAGUAGCGGCGAGCUGGCUGUUUUGGUGCAUCUGUUCAUGUGUUAAUGUGUCAUGCUUGGCAGGUUCGGGAUCGAUGCCCAUCACCUACGCACGUCGACAGGGUUGGUUCAAAGAAACCCACGUUGACGACUCGCACGAACGCUCCUUUUCGCUCGAAGAGCGAUGGAAGCGGUGGCGCGACCGCGAGGAGGUCAAGCGGUUGGGCUUUGGGGCUUUGAUCUUUGACUCGAUGGGUACCGCCAUGUGGGGGAGGGAGAACUCGAGCUUGUUCGUCGAUGCGGUCAAGACGAGUUUGCCGUGUCGCGACGAUCUUUGGGUGAGUGGGCGCUAACUUUGUGAUCCCAUGGCGGUUUGAGCGACGUUGACGAAUAGUGCUGUACCACUUACAGGAGGCCAAGACUGCCAUCGAAUGGCAAGCGUUGUUCCGAAGCUCUUCGGUGCCCCCAAGGUCCAUCGACACCCUCGAAGCGAUCAAGCUCGUCUCGACGCGGUCGACACACUCUGAUGACUCCUUGUUCGCCUUCUCCAAGGACACGUUCGCGAUGCAAGUCGUCUUGUCGAUACUGAACUCCCUGGAGUGGUCCACGCAACAUCACCACUACCUCAUGGCGAUGUUCUUGCCCGAAGCGUCGACGUCGCUAGCUCAGUCGAGUGAAGGUGCGAUGGCUUCGAUCGAGGCGGGGAUGGACUUUGUCCAGUAUCGGGUGGUAUUGGGCUCGAGAGCAGCUGGCUCGGGUAAAGGACCGAUGACGGAUCUGACGUUGACGCUUAUGUUGCACCUGAUGGCGAUGAGUCAGCGGUUGCCUCUCAGGGUCCUGCACGUAAGUGGUCGUCGUAUCGCUGGAGCUUUUCCAUUCCGAGUGCUGAUUUGAGCACCCCACUACCAUUCGCCAACAGCCGCUGGCCCGUACAGGGGCGUCACGACCGUCACCCGAAAUCUUUGAAGCAGUCAAUAUGUGGUUCAACGCUUCGCGCGGCCAGGUCUCUCGCUUGACCGCCUACCAUGCCGGCCAACUCUUUGCUCUCCAGUCGCCGAUCGACUCGCCCUGGGAACCGUUCGCCCUCUUCUAUGCCGCUUUGACGCUCGUCGCUUUCAUCCGCGAAGCGCGCGAGGCGCUUUAUCAAUCCGGUCGGAGUCUUGAGUCACGCCACGCAUUCGUCUUGGACAAGGUCAGAGAUCGCGAUGAUGGCGAACUGCAGCAAUGGAUCUAUGGCGGCGGCGAUGUCGACGCUUUCGUACCUCACCUCAACGCUAUCGGGCACGGUAGUCUGUUGGAAGCGGAUGCGGUCGACAAGGUGCUGCGGAUGGCUGGUGCGGCGUUGGGGGCGUUGAAGGUGUACAAGGUCGGCGAACUUCUGGGCAAGACGUUGAUCGAGCUGGCGAAGGAACAGCCCUGA